AUGGAUCGGACGGCGUCAAAUAUGACUUCUGCUGAUAAUUCUACCAGUUCUCAAAAUUGUCAUCGUAUGAUCAAUCUUUCUGAUGAUUCAUCCAGUCCAUAUUACUUACAUCCAAGUGAUAAUCCUGGUGCAUUACUGGUUUCUGAAAUUUUUAGUGGUGAUAAUUACAUUGCAUGGAGUCGGUCAAUCACCAUUGCUCUAACAGUUAAAAAUAAGAGUAAUGAGGAUCCAAAGUUUUCUUUUACUUCUGAGGAAUUCAAUAAAUUGCUAGCACUUGCAAAUUCUACUUCAUCUCCAAUAUCUUAUCAAACAUCUUCUCCGGCUGUUAACAUUGACCAAUUAACAAAGAAGAUGAUUGGGAUUGCAUUUGAGAAACAUGGACUGUACCAUUUAUCUCAAGUUCCUUCAAAGGCUGCUACUCACAAUCAAGCCAAGUUUCAUUCUUCAUCUUUGGCUUCAACCAUUACCCAAAAUCAAUUAGAUACCUGGCACUACAGACUUGGUCAUGUUUCCAACUCAAGGUUACCUUAUCUUAAACAGCUGGAGUCAUCCAUAUCUUUUAAUACCACACAUGUUUGUGAUAUAUUAUUUCACCACAACUCAGAAAAUCUUCAAGAAUUACACGACGGCCAAGCUAUUUGCAGGAUUUUUACUGUGGUACAGCUUCCAAGGUUUCACUUGCAACUUGUUCAUCUGAUAUUGCUAAUUGUUUUUCUAAUAAAGUUGGAUAUUAACAAUGCAUUCUUACAUGGUGACUUGAAUGAAGAAGUUUACAUGGACUUGCCCACUAGUUCGGUUGUCAAAGGAGAAAAUAAAGUUUGUCAACUUUUAAAGAGUUUAUAUGGUUUGAAGCAAGCAUCUAGGCAGUGGUUUGCUAAAUUAUCCACAACAUUGCUUGCUUAUGGCUUUACUCAAGGUACUUCUGAUUGUUCUUUGUUUAUCAAGAAUUCUACAUCAUCUUUCAUAGCUUUAUUAGUCUAUGUAGAUGAUAUUCUUUUGGCCAGUGAUAGUUUAAAUGAAAUUCAGUUGCUUAAAUAUUUUCUCCAUGACAAGUUUACAAUCAAAGACUUGGGGGAACUCAAAUACUUUCUCAGUUUGGAAAUAGCAAGAAGUAGAAUUGGUAUAUCUGUUUGUGAGAGGAAAUUUAUUCUGGAUACACUUGAACAAGCUGGAGUUAUUGGUGCUAAACCAGUGGCUUUUCCCAUGGAUUCCAAUUUAAAACUUACUAUUGCAGAUGCUAAUUUCUAUGAGGAUCCUUCAGCCUAUAGAAGAUUAAUUGGCAAAAUGUAA